AUGAAUUCCUGCAUAGCAUAAAAGUCGACGUUGACAUUGGCAAUCAUAUUGUUGAUUAUAUUGAAAAUAUCAAAAUAGAUGUUAACCCAUUAGGUGUUUACGAUUUUAUUAAAGAAAAUCAUACCAAACCAAAAUUAAAAUUGGAGUGGAUUCCAUACACUCGACUUGAAAAUUUUACGAAAAUAGCACAAAGUGAACUUGGCACUAUUUAUCGAGCAACUUGUAGUGAUAUACGUGAUCAUUCAUCGAAAUUUACUGUAGCUGUCAAAUGCUUUUCCAAAUCACAAGAUUUUAAAAAAUAUUUCUUAAACGAGAAAAAAUACGAAUUCUUCAUGAGAUUUCAUCCGGCUAUUCAUGAUGCAGAUUUUAUACAUUGUAAUUUACACAGUGGAAAUAUAUUGUAUAUUCAAGGUUGGAAAAUUGGAGAUUUGGGAUUAUCACAGCCUGCAAAUAAUACUUUGCAAAGUAAUGAUAUAUAUGGAGCAAUUCCUUACAUUGCACCAGAGAUAUUUAAUGGUGAUCCAUAUUCAAAAGAUUCUGAUAUUUAUAGUAUGGGUAUGAUUAUGUGGGAAUGUGCAUCAAAUCGGAAACCAUUUGCUGACAUUGAACAUGAUCUGAUUGUUAAAAUCAUUAAUGGGCUACGACCUAAGGUUCCAAAAGAUACUCCUGAAUGGUUGGCUGAAUUAAUGAGAAAAUGUUGGCAUUCUGAUCCUAGUAAAAGACCUUCUAUAACCAUGAUUCGAACGACUUUAAAGAAUAAUUAUAAGGAUGAUUCGCUGUCUGAAAUAAAGCGACCAGUAUCAACAGAAUUUUCCGGAAAACUUCCAAAAGUGGUUACAAGUAGAACAUUAAAUUCUUUAAUGUCUAGACCAUCUAUAAAUUCAUCAUCUAUGAACUCAAAUAAAAUGAUACAAAAUCAAGAUGAUGUCACAAAGGAAGACAAGUUUGAUGAAUAUUUCAAUAGAUUAUCUAUAAUAUACGCAAAUUCCACCAAUCAAAAUCCUUCAGAUACAAGUGCAAUUUAUUCUAGUAAACAACUUAUUGAAGAUUUUGGAAAUUUAGGAAUUAAAUCAUCUGAUGGGUAA